UCAUAAACAACGAACAACUUAACAAAUUCUUGGUAUCUUGCGAUACACGGCCUUUAUUACCGUGACUAUUACUGAAAAAAUUAAUAACAAUAAAUAAGUGACAAAAUCAGUUCAUUUAUGUACAACAAUCGUGUACAGAACGAGUAUGCUUAGUUGCAAAGGGCGUGCCAAAAGUAACUCAUCUUUAAACUUAACAGAAAGGCAAGCAGACAAGCAGUUUGUUUUAUAAAUUGUCGAAGUCGCAUAACUCGUUAAGGAUCCAGGGUAUCACUGCCGGAAGGAUACUGUUAACUUACCUGCAUGAUUUUCUCACUUCAUUUAAAGCAUCAGUAAAAACCGGCAACACGUUAUGCCGCACAUUUGUAUUCACAUACUUUUCAGUCAACUGCUAAAGGUAUGUCUGGAACAAUGGCCACUCUGUGGAACUUACUUGUUCUCCUGAUUUUUCACCUGACUACGGCUAAACAUGACGGCAAAUUUACGGAAUCUGAUCCCGAGCCGCUGCCAGUGUUCUCCUCGGAGCCGAUGGCCCUUGCACAGUGUGCAUCACAAUUCAGUGCUAACUGUCAGCCAGGGGUCUUUGGUGUCAUCGGUUGUCCCUUCUUUCCGGCGCUCUACAUCAACUGCACCCUUAAUGCCACAGCACAGGAGAUCCGUCAAAUGACGGUAUCGAUGGCAAAGCCACCAUUGCGGGCGGUGUUCGUCAAUGUGCUGGAUGGUGACCAGGUGAACUUUGACAAUUUUGCCCCUGUCCGUCAGCAGAUAAUGGGAUUCGACUUGGCUCACUGCGUUUCGUCACGAGCGACCGGCCGACUGGCAUCGCUGCGAUUGACGAACUUGCUGGACAUCGAGAUCGGAAGCUGCCGGAGUCUGGAGAUAAAGAGGGCGGAUUUCUGGCCAACACGGCAAGUCCGAUGGAUUCAGUUUUAUAACACCACCAUUUCGCUGCUAGAAAAGGGCACGUUUACCGAUUUACCGGCGCUGCGUCUGUUGGCACUGGAAAGCUGGCUGAGUGAUGAGGACGAAUUUAGCGAUGGAAUACGGGAGUAUAUCAAGAAUAUGCAUUGCGGCUGCGAGUUCGAGUGGUUCAGGCGGUGGUGGGACCAGAAACGCUUGCUGCACAAGGCAAAGCAGUUUGAAGUUUAUCAGAUUCAGCCGUUUUUUGUGGGUAAUGUAGAACUAAAUAAAUCCCAAGUUUAUUUGCCGGUUGAUUGUGCAGCCGCUGUCUUUCCGACCGGACCCGACGGAAUCGAUUUUACGCAAGACGGAUUUUCCAUCAAUGACGAUGCCGAUCACAACAAAUGGGGAGGCCGCUGCAGCGCCGACAAAGAAAAUGGAGAGCCAUUUCCUGAGGUCUCCAUCGAUCCCUUAACACCGGAAGAAUGUGCCGUUCAACUGAUCGGUCACUGCGGCCAGCAGGGAAAUUUUUGCAACACUAAUCCUGUUACCAGUACACCAUUUUCGUAUGACAUACUCGACGAGAAGAUCAAGGGCACGGAGAACUGCGCUUUGGGAAGCACUAUCGAGCGAAUCCGUCGGGUGGCAAUCGCCAUGGUCAAACUGCCGGUACGGCCGAUCCUCUUGAUGUUAUACGAUAAGACGCCGGUGACCUUCAGCGAUGUGGCGCCGAUGCGAAAGCGGAUUGUCAUCUUUUGCCUGGUGGAAUCCAUCACCGAGCGAACCACGCAAAAACUGCAGGACCUGCGUUUGACCAAUCUUCUGGACUUUCAAAUAAUGAACAGCACAGAUCUGGUCAUUAGAAAGAGCGAUUUCCAGUUUUCUGGCAAAUUAAGGAUUUUUCAGCUACGGAACACGACAGUGCGCUCGCUGGAAGAAAAUGCUUUUAGCGAUCUGCCAGCGCUCGUAGCGCUUUCGUUGGAGUUUCACUUCGAUGAGUUACCAGGUUUUGAUCAACGGAUCCGUAGCUAUCUGCUUAACCUGCACUGCAGCUGUGAGUUUGCCUGGUACAGAAAAUGGUGGAGCAAUAAUUCGGCGUUACUGCGCGAGACGGUGUUCACGGGAAUCUACUAUAUGGUUAACGCGUACGGUAGCGCUCCUUUCGAACGCAAGAACGUGUAUGUGCCGAUCGACUGUGCGAAAAAUGUUCCGGCAGGACCGGAUUCGGUGAACUGGAACCAGACUGAUUUUUCUCUGAACGACAGCUGCUGAUUCACUUGCUUGUCGUGGUGCUGGAAUCGUAUUUUGAUAAAUUAAACCAUUACAGUACUUAUAAUUAUGCCUCUAGCUGAAAAUCGCUGGUAUGGGUAUAAUUAUGCUGACAAACUGCAUUGUUCAUUCGCAGGCUUUGCUUACUGUAAUUUCGCUUUACAUGUAUUUUUGUGACACUCGUAUUGCAGUUUCGCCGCAGUUACGAAAAAUUAACGUUAUUUAUGUUG